AUGCAAAUAUAUAUAUCGAAUCCCCAAGAUGUGCAUAUAUAUGUGGACGCACUUGGUCGAUCAGGGGGAUUGGUAAGUAUUUGGAAUCCAUCUCUAUUUGAAUGUAUUGAAGUGAUUAGAAAUCAAAGAUUUUUGGUUGUGAGGGGGAAGCUAAAACCGACUGGGGAAAUUAUUAAUGUGGUUAAUGUAUAUGCUUACAAUGCACCGGGUGCUAGGAGGGUGUUAUGGGCUGAAUUAACGCAUCUUAGAAGAUCAGUUCAAGGCAUGUGGGUUUUUGGUGGUGAUUUCAAUGAUGUAAGGGAACCGGCUGAACGGUGGAAUUCUGAAUUUGUGGCGUUGAAUGCCGCCUAUUUUAAUGAGUUCAUUGAGGAGGCGGAGCUGGUUGAAUACCAUAUGGGGGGUCGAAAGUUUACCUUUCAUGCUGACAAUGGUAUGCACAAGAGUAAACUUGACCGUUUCUUGGUGUGCACGAGUUUUAGAGAUAAAUGGCCUUCAGCUUCGGUAGUUGCGUUAUCAAAUGUAGUAUCGGAUCACUGUCCUAUUUUAAUGACCACUGUUCCUAUAGAUUUCGGGCCUAUCCCAUGUAGGAUUUUCAACUCUUGGCUCGAGAUUCCGGGUAUUCUAGACUUUAUUGAGCAAGCAAUGGCGUCCUUCAGGUUCGAUGGGCCUGCGGAUUUACACCUAGCAACAAAAUUGAAGUGGAUUAAGGGCAUGUUUGGGUAA